ACGCGCGGGGCCUUUUGGGAUAUGAAGUCUUUUUUCAAAGAGCUUGCCGCUCGGCUGCCUCCCGAUCCUUGCAUCUUGGCUGAUUCGAGGCGUCCGGAGAGACAAGAACCUGAACGUGGAGACCGAUUUUGAUGCUGUGACGGAUUUGAUGCGGAGCGGGCCUUAGAGGAUCUCUGAGUGGAAAGUGUACUACAAACUAUUUCGCGGCCCUCACGCGCUUCCUCUGCCGCCGACAGCCCACCUGGGGUGGGCCGGAUUUAUUCCUGACACGAGCGGGCCAGCCCCGGGACGGGACGGAGCCUGGGUGUGGGGGGUAACCCCCGAGGCCGGGGCUGCCAGACCUGGGGCAGGGGGGAAACUGAGCCAGAGUGUGGAAGAAGGUUUACCGUUCAAAAGUCAGAGGUCAACGUAGCGAAUUGUGGUGGGAGGGUCCAAAGUCAGUAGGGUGCUAAGGGUAGUCUCAGGUAGGGACUGAAUAUUCAGGGCGCAGAUUUGUUGGAAGGGGGCUUGGAACGAGGACAAACGAGAGCUCAGGAGGCGCGUAGUGCCAGGGGAGGCGGAGAAUUAGGAGAGGAGGCAGGAGGGGAGAGGAAUCCCCUGGUUAUCCAUUCCUAGACCUCAGUCCCGUCACUAUCGGGCACUUAGCCAGGCCUCCCUUAGUUGCAACCCCAGCUGUCGGCAGGGUGAGGAGAUGGCUUCUCCCUCUAGACAGGCCCCCCUCGGGGGGUCAGGACUGCUGCAAGGGAGCAGGGCUCGUUCUUACGGAAGCCUGGUGCAAUCUGCCUGCUCCCCGGUGAGGGAAAGACGCCUGGAGCAUCAGUUGGCCCCCGGAGACACCCUGGCUGGACUAGCACUCAAAUACGGGGUAACGAUGGAACAGAUUAAGCGUGCAAACCGCCUUUAUACUAAUGACUCCAUCUUCCUGAAGAAAACCCUCUACAUCCCCAUCCUGACAGAGUCCAGAGACCUGUUCAAUGGUUUGGAUUCUGAGGAAGAGAAGGAUGGAGAGGAAGAGGCCCAGUCAAGUAAGGAUGAAGUUCCGCCACACAGAGCUGACAGGAAGAAACAAGAGACAGGCUCAGCACGUGCUAACGGGGAGGUCCUUCCCACACCUGGCCGGGAACCCCCAACUCCCAUCCAUGACCUCUCCGCCUCUGAUUUCCUUAAGAAGCUUGAUUCACAGAUCAGCCUGUCAAAGAAGGCUGCUGCCCAGAAGCUGAGAAAGGGGGAAAGUGGGGUACCUGGGGAGGAUUCAGGCCUUCACUUGAGCUCCCCUCGGAUGCAGCAGCGAGCAGUCCUAGGGCCAGUGCCUCUGACCCGGACCUCUCGGACCCGGACACUUCGGGACCAAGAGGAUGAAAUCUUCAAACUCUGAUGUCCCCAGAACUGAUUGAGAAAACAAGAUGUUGAAGGAGCAAUUUGAGGGGGGAGAGGAGCCCGAGGUGAAGCUGAAGAACAAGGCUUCCCAGCCUGCCUCCCUCCCUCCUGCCUCCUUCCCAGCCUCCAGUCGAUCUAGAGUUCCUUGGCCUGGGCCAGCUUUAUUGGGGAUGGGGAACAGAACCCUCUUCAGUUCUUGGGCUGAAUCUAGAACUGUAUUUUAGAUUCAAAAAAGGCUCUUUUUAUAUCCCUGCUGCCUUUCCCAUCCCCUUUACCAUUCCUUGGCCUUAGAGCAGGGAGACAAGGACUCCCCCAACCCCUGCCCCCUCCCUGUUUCAGACUGUAUUACCUAAUUUAUUUGGUGCUAUCUUGUAGUAUUUAUUUGCUGUAUCUUACUGUUUCCCUCUUGUAAUGAAGAAAGAGGAUUUCUAUAGCUCUGGAGUGAGGGGAAUCCGGGAACAGUGAGCCAGUGACUACUCGUUCCCCACCUUCCCCACCUUCUUAGGCAAGCAUGUUACUGAGGAUGGGGCAGUCCGUGAUCUAGCCCUUCUGCAGAGAAUGGCAGAUAGUACUGGACCUAUCCCCCAAUCUCAAAGUAAAGAAUUUGGGCUCAGUUUUGACUAACCAGUUCAUAAUUUUUUCAUAACUCUUGCUCUGAAGAAAAACAGCAGUGUAGGGACCGGAACUCUCCAUGCCACCAGUUCGCCCUUCUAACCUGCUCCUCUGUUCAGCCUAUGCGAGGCUAAGGGAUGAAAGAAGAAUUAACCUUGGAAUUUGAAGAGGACAGUUGGGGGAGACUCUUUGUUGUGGGAGUUUCUUUGUUACACUCCCUCCCCACCAGAGCCUGUUGAUCUAUGCCUUGCUCCUCACUGCAUAUUUAUUUGCAAUUUGUAGCACUGAUCUGCAGUACAGUUGGUUUUUGGGGUUUUUUGUUGUUUUUGUUGUUGUUUUUUAGUUUCUUAAGCAGAAGUAGGCAAGGAGACCCCAAUGAUACUUGGAAAUAUGCCUCAGUCUCUCAUAAUGGAAAUGGUGAGAGGAGAGAUGAGUGGUGUUUCUCUAUCUCUUGCCUCUGUGAUGGUCGUAAGGUAUAAGAAGCUGGAGAGAUUAAACAUUGAGCCCUGUGUA